CCAUCAAUCAUGUACCAGCUUGUAUGAAGCAAAGGAUUGUUUGCUGUGGCCCCCACAUAUAAACUCAAUGCCUCCAUGUGUGUCAGUGUUGGUAUCGACAGGCUACGUCACACAUCACACCUUGGACUUAGGCAACCAUGAAGAAAGAACUAGGCAACAUGAAGGCUCUGAUCCUGGUGGGCGGGUACGGCACACGGUUACGUCCGUUGACGCUCAGUAAAGCCAAGCCGCUGGUGGAGUUUGGGAACAAGCCCAUGCUGCUGCACCAAGUGGAGGCUCUAGUUGAGGCAGGUGUUAAACACAUCAUCCUGGCUGUCAGUUACCGAGCGGAGCAGAUGGAGAAGGAACUCAAGUGUUUGGAACAACAGCUUGGAAUUAAGAUCACAAUAUCACUUGAAACAGAACCUCUUGGCACAGCUGGUCCUCUGGCCCUGGCCCGAGAGCUGCUCACACAGGAUGAGGAUCCCUUCUUUGUGCUCAACAGCGACAUCAUCUGUGACUUUCCCUUUAAAGACAUGCUGCUGUUUCACAGGAACCAUGGCAAAGAGGGAACCAUUGUGGUGACGAAAGUAGAGGAGCCCUCCAAGUAUGGUGUUGUGGUGUACGAUGCAGAGAAUGGCAGGAUCAACCGGUUUGUGGAGAAACCCCCAGAAUAUGUGUCCAACAAGAUCAAUGCUGGAAUGUACAUCCUGAGUCCGUCCAUGCUCAAGCGUAUUAAGCUGCAACCAACAUCGAUAGAGAAAGAAGUUUUUCCCUUUAUGGCCCAAGAUGGUGAACUCUAUGCAAUGGAAUUACAAGGUUUCUGGAUGGACGUUGGUCAGCCCAAGGACUUCCUGACAGGAAUGUGUUUAUAUCUCAACUCCCUCAAACACAAUCACCCAGAGAAGCUACACCAAGGUCCUUCCAUUGUUGGCAAUGUGCUGAUUGAUCCCAGUGUCAAACUUGGAAACAACUGUCGAAUAGGCCCCAAUGUUACAUUAGGCCCAGAUGUUGUCAUAGAAGAUGGUGUUUGUAUAAAAAGGUGUACAGUGCUCAAAGGUGCGACCAUCAAGUCUCACUCCUGGCUGGAGUCCUGUAUUAUCGGCUGGAACUGUACAGUGGGCAACUGGGUCCGGAUGGAGAAUGUGUCAGUGCUUGGGGAGGAUGUUAUAGUAAAGGAUGAACUGUACAUCAAUGGAGGUCGCAUCCUGCCACACAAGUCCAUCUCCGAGUCCGUGCCAGACCCUCAGAUCAUCAUGUAAGACAGCUAGCGGUGUAGUGAAGGACUGAAGCAGUACACAGAAGUCCAUGGUUGUGGCAUGCCAGAAGCUAAGAAAUGAUCACAUCACUUUAAGAGGUUUUAUUCUCGACUACUUCAUUGCCAUUCACUGACUCAAGUUCAAACCUCUUGACACACUUGGGUCUAAUGGGAUGUGUGCCGAUUAACUUAUAUUAUUCCUGGUGUGAUGCCCUCAGACCACUGGAUGUCUUAGUGUCACGUUUGUCUGUUGUGCUUGAGGUCACCUUUACCUAUCUUAAACCAUCUACAAAAAUGUAUUUCCUCUAUGAAUCAAAACAAUUUGUUUUCAGCAAUUCACUUUUGAAACUGCAUAGGAGAUGAUUCAGUUUGAAAAAUACACCUGAUUGUCGGAUUUUUAAAAUACACUACCUAAUUGUCAGAUUUUAGAAAAAAUGUGUUUGUCUGAAAGUGGAAAUGAGAUGGCUGCUUGCUGGUGCUUGUCCUAAUUUUGCAUAGCCAUUCAGCCAUGUCAUGAAGCUUGUAAUUUCUAUUAAACGAUCACUAUCCUAAUAAUAGGGAUACCAGGUUUAUGGUAUAAAUAAUCAAUACUCUAGUAAUCGGGAGACAGUGUCAUUCAACCCCUGGUUUACAGUGAUGGAUCCUACUGCUGAUUGUGUUCAAUAACAAUGUAUAUACCACCAUCUGGUGGAGCCAUUGUAAACUUGUUAAUACCGAGUUACAGUCAGGAGUGGGAGUGUCUGCUGCUGAGAUUAACUGUGUUUGUGACUGAUCCAUGUAACAAUUCGUACAACUGUCCCAAAUACUUUGCCAUUUUGACAACUUGGUUGUCACUUGAAAGGUUAUGUAUAUAUUCUGCUAUUUAUGUGGUCAUUGUGAAAUAACUGUUGGUAUAUGUUCAUUUUACAUUAUUAAUGACAUGUAAGACUUGUUGUUUUUGAUAUUGUUAUGGCAUAAAUUCCUUAAUACCACAAACUUGUUGGGAGAAGAUUUAUUAUGGAGGUGUGCGACUGGUGUAGUUAUAAUAGCAGUAUUUUCUACUGGUACCUGGUGGGGAAGGGUUGUCCAUGAAGUCACACAUCUGCUAGUUACAUUAUUAUGAUCUACUAACAUUACAUAAUCAUGGAUAAAAAUAGUCUCCCCAUUGUGUUCAUUCUAAGAGUACAUGACAUCCGGUUCAUAAACAUGGCGUCAACAGAUAUUUUCCAAAUCAUUUCAUGUUAUUAAUCAAGGUGCUCAAGUGAUUUGAUGCACUUCGUGGGAUCUUGAUUAUCGAUCAGAUCGUCUUGACUGGGUGCUGCCAUUUUGUUUGAAGCAAUUUCAAGUGAUAUGAGAGGUGAAAUCUGAUUGGUCAAUAGGAGGGACAUAACUCAUAAUAGCCACUAGUGGAGCUACGGUCGAGCCACAUAAUUCCAUCGUAGUUCAGCUAGGGGGGAAACUGGACUUUUGUAGUCAUUUAACACCCUUGCCUCGGGAAGAUGUGCUUGUGUUAAAGGUAAUAAUACUUCAAUCCAACUGAAAUGUCACCAGUCUCAGCUGGCAGGCUUUAUUUCCGACACUGAUGUGACUAUACUUCAGAUGACAUUGUGUUAAGAUAAGAGAUGUACAACUUAUGUGUUCCAAUACUAGUGUCCUGUAGUACGGAAGUACAUUGCAGGGUUAGAUCUCACUAGUCGGACAUCACUGUUCCAGUUUAGCCACACAAAAUUCUCGAGAAAUGUGUUCCUAUGUUUGUUAUAAUUUAGACAUGAGCAGACAAUGUUAUUGUUCUCGAUUGAUAUUAUUUCACAAGUUGUCAUUCUUAAGUAUAAUGGUUCCCUUGAUAACAGAAUUCCAGCCUUCAUAAUUCAGAACAGGACAUUAAACCUUUUCCCUUUUGUUUGCCAUUUUAUGUUUAAGACAAGCAUUCUCCUCCCACUAUAGAUAUCAGCACCCUGAACAUGCUUGCAUGCUUUUUAUGCUAAACAAUUGUGGAUGCGCUUCAAGUAGAUGGGUAGAAUUAGUGAAAAUAUGUUGGAUGGGCUUAUUUAUUCAUGGGGCUAUAUUUGGCCCUUAGGGUCAUGCUGCAUAGGCAUGAAGAAGCUGACCUGGCUGUCUGGUUUCAUAGCAUUUAUUUAAUUUGUAAUUAAGUAAAUACUUACCAUUGUCAAAAUGUCUUUCUGAAAAGACAGGUAUCACGUACAUUUGCAGACGUCAAAACCUUUAAAAAAGAAAAUGUUGACACUACUGAUGGGGAAGUUAGGGCUUAGAUAACAAAUAUAUCUGGUUGUUUUGGAAAUUUGAUCUAGGGGAAAUGUAGGGGAAAGAAUCUUUGUGAUGAUAGUGCCACAUGUGGAGUUCAUUUGUUUGUAAUGACCCCUGCACGAUCAGAUGUGUUACGGAGGACAGACAGAAUGUGGGAAUGACAGUUGGUUGUGUGUAUGAUGUCAGAUGUAUAUAAGCUGUAUCAUGACCAUUAAAACAUUUUCUAUAUUAA